UUCUACUUGGGGAAGAGAAUAUUUAGAAAAAAGGAAAAAGAAAAUAUUUAUUGGAUGUGCUGUGUGUUGCAACUUUAGGUGGAGGAAUGCUUGUCACCUACUCCUUUUAAGUUCCCAAUCCCUUCUGUACUUUACAUCCCACAAAAAACACAACACCAACAAUUCUUACACAAACACACAAAAAUUAAAAAAGAAAAUAAAAAAAAAAAUCAAAUCUUCCUCUCUUUCUUCUUUGUAUAUGAAACUCUAGAGAGAAAGACCUUUGAUUUGAUUUUCAAAUGGAAUCCCACAAAUGCAAGCUCUGUACUAGAGCUUUCACCAAUGGCAGAGCCUUAGGAGGCCAUAUGAAGGCCCAUCUCACUGCCGCGGCGGCCCUGCCCUUCACACCGCCCAAGCCUCCGUCGUCCUCGUCCUCGUCCUUCGCUGCCGACGACGACGACCUCCAAUUUCCGCCGGAAGACAAGCCAACGCUUUACGAGCUUAGAGAAAACCCGAAGAAAAACUUCAGAUUCUCAGAUCCUGUUUUCAACAUUGUUCUUCAAGACAGAGAGAGCGAGACCGAAUCCAAAAACCCAACUCGAAAACGAUCCAAACGGUGGCGAAAACAGCCCCUAACGGAAGCGGAACCCGCCAGCUCUGUUUCCGAUGCCUCGCCGGAGGAAGACCUGGCUUUGUGCUUGAUGAUGCUGUCACGUGAUCAAUGGAUCAAAAAUCAAAAUCAGAAGAGAUCGUUUGAGGAAUUGGGGUCGAAGAUUAAAGUGAAGAAAGGAAUUAGAAGGAAGAAAAAGUGUGAGAAAUGUAAGAAACAGUUCCGAUCUUAUAGAGCUCUGUUUAGCCAUGAAAAAAUCUGCCAAUUAGAAACAGAGCAAGAACAAGAACAAGAACAAGAAGAAAGUUUAAAAAAUGAUGGAAAUAGAAGAAUCUUCAAAUGCCCAUUUUGUUAUAAGCUUUUUGGGUCGGGUCAAGCACUUGGUGGGCAUAAGAGAUCUCAUCUUGUGAGCUCUACUAAUGCCUCUGUUUCUUUGAAACUUCAAAUUAGUCUCAUAGAUCUCAACUUACCAGCUCCUCUUGAAGAAGAUGAUUACAGUGUAGUUUCUGAAGCUUAAUUUUUUUUUUUUGUUCAUUUUUCUCUUUGUUAUUAAGUAGUUCAAUGCCCUCAUUUGAAGCUCUC